UACUAUUACCAGGUGGUAUAUUAUUCGAGAGCGCCACGCGCUCGCCGUGGUGCCGGAGCGGUUUCCUUUUCCAACGGGCCCCAGUCAUUCAGAAUGUCUCUGUGCGAAUGGUACGCGAAUCGCGCGGUGCUUCUCACGGGAGUCACCAGCGAAUUAGGACGUGUUCUGCUGGAGAAGAUCCUGCGAUGCUUGCCGAACGUCACGGUGUGCGUCGUUCUCAGAUCCCGGAACGGUCUCACCGUCGAGGACCGGUUGAAGAAGCUGUUCGCGUCACCCGGGUACGAGCGACUGAAGCAGGAGAUGCCGGGCGCGAUCUCGCGCGUGAAAAUGUUGGACGGCAAUCUGCUUUACGAGGAGCUCGGCCUAAGCGACAAGGACAAAGCCUCGUUGAAGGAAGUUACCGUGGCCUUUCAUGCCGGCGGACCGCACGAAGUUGUCUUGGAAUAUUGUCAGAAAUUACCGAAGCUCAAGAGCAUCGUCGUAGCGUCCAGCAUUUUCAGGCAUCGCGGCGAUAUAACCGAAAAUCUGCAAAACGAGAAGAUUCCCGAAUUACCAGUUGCCCUAGUGCGCUUUCCCUUUGUCGGACCGGCAUAUAAAGAACCUAAGCCUGGCUUUGUCGAGAUUCUUAAAGGACCCACUGCCCUUAUGGUUGGCGCAGGUUUUGCGUACGGCAACUCGUCGUUCCAGGCUGAGAUUAUUCCGAUGGACAUAGCGGUGAACACGAUGAUCGCGGCCGCGUGGGAAGUCGGCAUGUCCAACGCUUCGAAGCCGGUGGUCUAUAACGCGGUGACGUUGGGCUGCACGUGGGAGGACCUGAUUAAAAAUAACCGACGGGCCAGCUGGAGAUUUCCCUACCCGACUUUCGGAAUUCGCGGAAUGACAUCCAUCGGGCCGCUGUACUGGAUUUUGGUGCUGCUCCUCGAAUGGCUACCAUCCGUACUCUGCGACGUAGUGCUCGGUCUGUGCGGCAGAAAACAGAGGAUUUUCGCAGAGUACGAGAGAGUUCGUAAUGCACUUCAAUCCCUGAAGCCAAUUUCAUCGAGACCGUGGUCAGUGAAAAGAAAUCGCGUGUACCUGCUGCAGCAACGUCUCGCGGCGACAGAUCGAGAUGUAUUUCCGGUCACAGCGGAAGUUGACAUCGAGGCUUAUCUCCUCUGCGCUGCAGCCGCCACCCAGAAGUCCUGCGUGCACGAGGACAAUCUUAAAAUCAUUAGGAUUAUUCAUCUGUUCUUGUUAUACGCGCCCGUAAUAUUCGUCGUUGCAUAUAUUGGCUCACGUACAUUGCUGUCACAUGAAUAAAAUUUUAAUAUUUACAUAAAUAAUUAAGAGAUUUUUAUAUAUA